AUGAUGUCUGCUUUGUCUGAUCUUCCUCCUCAUGAUCACAGCUCUUGGGAAUGGAGUGUGAAAUACAGCCAACUUAAUCUCUGUGCUUUAAAAGGAUCUACAGUGAUUAUGAACGUCACUUACACACACCCACCAGGUCUUACAGUGACACAGAGGUUUUGGUUAAUUAACCCAGUUUGGUUUAAAGAGCCGACUGAUCUGUAUAGGGACAAAGAGGGACAAAGAUACCUGGGUAAACUUGGAGUUACACUCAAUGUUACACUCAGUCUUGAUCUUCAGAUCGCUCCUGCAGAAGUGACAGAAGGACAAUCAGUCGUUCUGACCUGUAAAACCACCUGCAAUCUGACUGAUCCAACAUUCAUCUGGUACAAAAACAGCAGAGAUUUAACCACAAUGACCAACAAGAACAAUGAAGUCCGUCUGCAGUCGGUCAGCAGUGAGGAUGCAGGCAGUUAUAGCUGUGCUGUAAGAGGAUAUGAAGAUCUCCACUCUCCUGUUCAAACCCUCAGAGUCAGAUAUCGUCCAAAGAAUGUCUCAGUGUCCAUCAGCCCCUCUGGUGAGAUAGUGGAGGACAGUUCAGUGACUCUGACCUGUAGGAGUGAUGCCAACCCACCUGUACAGAACUACACCUGGUUUAAGGUGAAAGAAUCAUCACCUGUAGGAUCUGGACAGAGUUACAGACCUGUACAGAGCGGACAGUAUUACUGUGAGGCUCAGAAUGAACACGGCUCUGAGAGAUCAGCUGCAGUGCCUGUCACUAUUAAUGGUGAAGGUGAUGAUGUAAAUCUAUAA